AUGCGUUUACCGCUGGAGGUCAUGGGACUCAUUGCCGAACAUGCGGCUCAGCACUUCAGAAAUGCAUCCCCAUUCAUCCAACCCACGAAUCAAGAAGAGGCAAUAAAGGCGCAAGAACACCACCGUGACCUCUCAAACCUAGUCCUCUCAUGCAAGACUGUUUACAAUCAUAGUCGACACCUCCUCUACACCUGUCUAAUCCUGGGGAAUGCUACCGACAUAGUCGCCGCUCUGGCCAAUAUUGUCAAACAUCCACAAGUCGGACCGUCUAUCCGUCAUAUAAGGUGCUGCACGGAGCUUCACUCCGAAACAGAGCGGGAUAAGGCUUUACAGCAUUGGCUGUUGAACCACUCACACGAUGGGGCACUACUCCAAGACACCCUCAAAGCAGAAGCUUUACAUCCUCCUUGGUGGAAUGAAACAGACAUUCCUUGGACAUGCUGGGAAGGAUUUGUAUACGAUGACUGUACAGAGUUUGCACUCUUGGCCCUUCUGCAUAUGGUAACGGAGCUAGAGACGCUUUCUUUCCAACAGCUUGAUGCAGACCUCAUUACAAAUUGGGAAGAAGAGCGAGAUCUGCGAGUAUCUUUCGCGGAGGCUCGGGCUGGAGCACGACCCUUCUUAGGUUCGUUACGAAGUCUUCACUUUGGUAGUGGGACGUUGGGUGGUAUGGAGAACUUUCUUUCCAAUCAGCCGCACGAAAAUCUAGAAGUCCUGGUCCUCGAUGGUAUAGGUAUUGAAGGCUUCAGCCGAUGGUCCCGAUACUUUGAGUUCAAAGGUACUCAUCUGAAGGAGCUUUACUUGGGAAAAAGAAAAACAUCUUCUAAAGCUAUUAUUGACCCUCUUCUUGCUCAAAGAGAAUGGGUCAAUGGCAGGUGGGUUACUCCAGGACCAAAAGAGCUGGAAACCCAGUCUGAGGUGUGUGUGGGAGGCGAAGAAGCAUGGAGACUCUCGGUUCCAGAAGCCAGGGAUACUAUGGAUUGCCUCAAAUACUUCAAGAAUCUCAGGGUGUUGGAUGUUGUUUUUGACAGACCUCCUGAUUGGCCAUCUAGGUCGUUGAUUGCAAUCAAGAACAUUGCUUCAGAGUCCUUGGAGGUUUUUAGAGUCGAAGGAUACCCUUUCAAAGUUGUUCCAGGAGAUUUUGGACCAUGUAACACUGCGUAUGAACGUGCUUUCGUUCCUAGAUUUCAUACGGUCGAGUAG